AUGAGUAAUUUUUUUGUGGAAAAUGAAGAAGGUGUAUUUGUAGAAGAGGAGGAGGUCAUACUUGAAAAGGAGGGUGUUGUAUAUGAGGAAAGUGAAAGUAUAGAGGAAAACAAAAGUGUAGAGUUUGAAGAAAACGAAAGUGUAGGGUUUGAGGAAAACAAAAGUGUAGGGUUUGAGGAAAACAAAAGUGUAGAGUUUGAGGAAAAAGAAGCCACGUUUGAAGAAAAUGGAAACACUAUGCUUGAGGAAAACGGAGAGGCUUGGUAUUGA